AGCGGGUCCUGUCAGUACGCGUCCUGUCGUGACCGGGCGGAAGUCACUUUGUCCGAAAGUGGGACGUCAAGGCAAAAGGGCAACGGAGCAGUCCAACAUCACACCAGCACAGGCGGAACAGCAGUACCAGCGAGUCCUCCACUGAAACAUGUCCGCCAGCAAAGCAGCGGCAAGCAGCUCCACAGCGCCCACAGACGACUACGAACUGCCCUGGGUAGAAAAAUACCGUCCCAAACUAAUAAAAGAUGUAGUAGGCAACGAGGAGACCGUCAGCCGGUUGCAGGUCAUUGCAAAGGAGGGGAAUAUGCCGAAUAUUAUUAUCUCGGGAUCACCGGGGAUAGGCAAGACGACUUCCAUACUGUGUUUAGCGAAUGAGCUACUGGGGCCGUUGCAGAAGGAGGCUGUGUUGGAGCUGAAUGCUUCUGACGAUAGAGGAAUAGACGUAGUCCGCAACAAGAUCAAAAUGUUCGCCCAAAAAAAAGUGACCCUCCCCUCCAACCGCCACAAGCUCAUCAUCCUCGACGAAGCCGACUCCAUGACCGCCGGCGCGCAACAAGCGCUCCGUCGGACCAUGGAGAUCUACUCCUCCACCACCCGUUUCGCGCUCGCCUGCAACCUCUCCUCCAAAAUCAUCGAGCCCAUCCAAUCCCGCUGCGCCAUCCUCCGCUACGUGCCCUUGACCAACAAACAGAUCCUUAAACGGCUGUUGGAGGUGUGCGAGGCCGAGGGUGUGAAAUACAGCCCCGAGGGCCUUGAAGCGAUCAUUUUCAGCAGCGAGGGGGAUAUGCGGCAGGCGAUCAACAACAUCCAGGCGACGUGGGCCGGGUUUGGGUUUGUGAAUGCCGAGAAUGUGUUCAAGGUGUGUGAUCAGCCGCAUCCGGUUGUGGUUACCGAGAUUAUCCAGGCGUGUAGCAAGGGGAAUGUGGACGCCGCGUUGGAUAGGAUGAGGGGGCUGUGGGUGCAGGGGUACUCGGCGCUGGAUGUGAUUACGACGCUGUUUAGGGUGACGAAGGGCUUUGAGGAUAUUCCCGAGUUUAUUAAGUUGGAGUUCAUUAAGGAAAUUGGCAUGACACACAUGAAGAUCCUCGAAGGCUGCCAAUCGCUAGUCCAGCUCAGCGGCCUGAUCGUACGGCUAUGUAAAAUGACGAUGGAUCCCUCCCUCUUUGUCAUUUGAAAGGAUGAAUUCCUCAUUCAGCGCCCUUUGCCGGCGUGCGUGCUGUAUCUGAAUGUAAAGUGAGGAAGACCGGCCGUACAGUCAGCGUUACAUAGCUCACACCAAGGGUCCAUGUCUGCGGAUGCCACUGUAGCCCUUAUGUAGCGAGGUUAUCGGUCUGACACACCUUGACAUGGUAGACACCCCGACCAGCAUCUAUAUAGCGGCCUUUCUCUUUACCCGUCGCGCUUGGUACUGCGGAUGGGGCACGAGAGAUUGCAAUGAAUAAAAUGUACAUAGACGGUCUGUCGUUAUGCGCUUUGU